GCCGGGAGCCAAAAGCCGAGAGCCAAGAGACAAAAGCCGGGAGCCGGGCUCUCUUGAGACCACCGCUGACCCAGGUGGCCUGCACUGAAGUCCGGCAGGGGACCGGUCUGAGCUACAGGUUCAGCCUGCUUCAACUGAAAAUGUGAAGAGCACAAUUGGCCAAGACAAGAAGAAUCAAAUAGGGUGGCAAACACAACUGAGGACCAAAACAUUGUGGGGAGCAGAGCUUGUGCCUCUCCAUCUCCACCCAGCCAGGGCCAGCACCUACCCCAGCAGCUGACAUUACGAGGAAGACUUGGGAACCUAGGAGCACUAAGAGAGCCUUUUCCUGAGAGAUGAAACUUUGGGGCCAAAUGCUGAGGGCCCUCCUGUCCAGUUCUAGGGGAAGGAGAGGAGGCACCUGGGGCUGGGCCUUCAGCUCAUGGCCGUCCCAUCCAUCUCUGGCAGGGCUGUUGAGUGCUACAGGGGUGGUCAACCACUGGACAAGGGUCUUUGAGAAGAGAGGCAUCCCAGAGGCCCAGGAAUCCAGUGAGUACAUCGUGGCUCAUGUCCUCGGAGCUAAAACAUUUCAGAGCCUGAAGCCAGUACUUUGGACCCAGCCACUGACCCCUCAGCAGCUGCAAUGCAUCCAGGAGCUGUGUAGCCGCCGACUGCAGAGGAUGCCUGUGCAGUACAUCCUUGGGGAGUGGGACUUUCAAGGACUCAGUCUGAAGAUGGCACCGCCAGUGUUCAUUCCUCGGCCAGAGACAGAGGAACUUGUUGAAUGGGUGCUGGAGGAGAUUGCCCAGAGAUCCUAUGUAGUGAAAGGCCAACAUGGCCCCCUCAUUCUGGAGGUAGGCUGUGGAUCGGGAGCCAUCUCACUCAGCCUGCUGAGCCAGCUCCCUGAGAGCCAAGUCAUUGCUGUGGAUAAGAAGGAAGCUGCCAUCAGUCUGACCUGUGAGAAUGUUCAGAGGCUUCAGUUGCAGGACAGGAUUCGGAUCAUCCUCCUUGAUGUGACCCUAGAGGGGAGUUGCACACACCUUCUGCCCUGGGGUCCCGUGGACCUGAUUGUCAGCAACCCUCCCUACAUCUUCCACCAGGACAUGGAACAGCUGGCCCCAGAGAUCCGAAGUUAUGAAGACCCAGUGGCCCUGGAUGGUGGGGAGGAAGGCCUGGACAUCAUUACCCAUAUUCUGACCCUGGCUCCAAAGCUCCUGAAGAAUUCUGGAAGCAUCUUUUUGGAAGUGGACCCGAGGCAUCCAGAGCUUGUCAGAAGCUGGCUUCAGAGUCAGCCUGACCUGUACCUCAAUCUUGUGGCUGUGCGCAGGGACUUCUGUGGGAGGCCCCGAUUCCUGCACAUCCAGAGGUCUGGACCAUAGAGUGGCUGCCCUGUGGAUGCCUGGCCAGGGGCCCGGCCUGCAUAUAUGCCUGACUAACCCUUUUUGGAAUGAUGCUUAGAGGGCAGUGGAUGAUGCUUUCCAGAACCCCAGGUGCUUGUAGAAUUUCCAUGUUCUGUGAUUCCCCAUGCUGUGUAUUUUUAGGAGACUUGGAAACAAGAGUAGGGUGUCCUUGGGAUAGCAAAGGGCAGGGGCAUCUACAGUUUGGCUCAGGAGCUGAGAAAAUCUGGGUUUGUAGUCUAACUUCAUCACAUCAGAGUGGCCAAAGGCAGGUUACUCCAUGUUCUUGUCAGUGAUAUUGCUGUGAAGCUACUGGGAAAUAUGGCCAAUAAAAU